CCCUGAGCCCUUCGCCAAGCGCCUUUGAGGCAUGGAUGAACGAGUACGAGCCCGACUCCGCGCCACCGCACAAAGCGAUCCAAUCGCGGCUGCAGAAACUGCGCGCGAAGGCCAAGGCGGCCGAAGCGGCCGCUGCCACGACGUGAAUGGGGCAAGGAGAGCAGCGGGGGAGAGCCUGCGGCGGAGAGCCUGCGGCGGAGAGCCUGCGGGGAGAGAUCGCGGAGAAAGACUGCGGGGCAGCUCCCUUGCCGGGAGAAGGCACGAGAUGGCCGCGUACUCGAGGCUGGCCGCGUACUCGAGGCGGCUUCCGCGUGAGUCUUGAGAUGAGAGAAGAGGAGAGGGGAAAGGAGACUUUGUGCAUAUGUAGGGGAGAUGAAUGUACGAGCAGUGUACCAUCCGGUGCACCUCUGGAGGCACCUGCGAACGCAGCACUCCUCGUCAUGGAUUUACGGAGGCAUUGAUGCACGAGGCAGCACCAACUGGGGGGCGUGGGCGGAGGAAAUAGCUGCGGAGGUGUCAGCAGUAGACAUGGUGGGAUGGGUGCUGAGAGAGCGCAGCUUCUCAUCGCAGCUGGGCAUUGAGCUUUGUCAGCCGACGCAUUGCGACGGCUGGCAAAACUUGACGCGCCUAAUGGUAGGUUGAAAAGGUCAAAGCCGCAGUGGGUUCUGACGGCGCAGUGGGUCGAAACAGCACGGUGCUGUUCCCGGCGCUGCGGAGGCAGUGCGUUGAAAAGUGCGUUGAAAAAGCAGCCUGCAAAAAGCGCAAUAGCGUAAUCUGCCCGGUGGGCCCUUCGAGACUGGCGCCAGAUGAGCCGAGGAACCGCCAAGGAGCUGCUGCAAAUGACAGGAGAGAGCCCACCGCGCUCACGAAGCACGGCUGUGUCCUG